AUGUUUCAACCAGCACUCAGGACCCUCGCCAUUCUCGGGCUUCUAGCUUACACUUCAUUCGCUCACCGCGAUGAGGAAGUCAUCACCCGCGAUAUUGCUAUCAUAGGCGGUGGUGCCUCGGGGACAUUCUCCGCAGUCAGACUUCGCGAUCAAGGCAAAUCGGUCAUUCUCAUUGAGAAAGAAAGCAUUUUGGGCGGCCAUACCAAUACAUAUCAAGACCCAGUGACCAAAGUGCCUGUGGACUACGGCGUGGAAGUCUUCCACGCCCAGCAGAUUGUCAAGGACUAUCUCGAUCGGCUGAAUGUGUCUUGGGUCGUUGCACCGAACUUUGGUGUAGGGUCAAUUUAUUUGGAUGGUCAGACGGCACAACCAAUCAACUAUACCAGUCCUGAUCUUCCGGUCGCACGUUGGCAGGAGCUUCUGCAACCCUUUGGAGACUUCCUCGCCAAACACCCAGACAUCAACAACGCAUCCUUGACGAUUUUCCGAUUCGGACAGGGUCUGGGUGACUUCCUCGUACAGCCAACACUAUACGUCUUCAAGAACUUUGGACUGGAAAUUGUUCAAGCUCUCUCGACCGGGUUCCUCGCUGUAACGAGUCAGAAUAAUUACGAGAUCUAUGACCACGCCACCAAACUCCUCGGAUCUGACGUGCUGCUGAGUAGCACUGUGAUCUCCACACUACACCGAGAAGACAACGGAGUCACACUAGUGGUGCAAACCCCAUCCGGCCGGCGGAUCGUGAAAGCCAAGAAACUCUUGAUCGCCAUUCCUCAGAAACUGGAGAAUCUGCGGGCCUUUGACCUAGACCACCACGAGGCCGGCCUCUUCGGCCAGUUCAAGAACACGGGUUAUUGGACUAGCCUAGUAACGAACACCGGCUUACCAGCAGGCUUCAACACAAUCUCCGUCGGCGCUGAUACUCCGUACAACCUCCCCAAUGUACCGUUGGUUUACGCAGUGGUCCCAACGGCGAUAGACGGCAUCUUCGAUAUCAAGUAUGGCAGCCAAAGCAGUCUACCAGACGACCAUGUGCGACGCGAAAUCUUGUCGUACGUCAAGAAAUUGCAGGACAAUGGAUUCGCGGAGAAGGUCGAGCCGGAAUUUGUGCGGUUUAAUAGCCAUACUCCGUUCGAGUUGACAGUGUCACCGGAGAAGAUUAGGGGUGGCUUUUAUAAGCAGUUGUAUGGAUUGCAGGGUUAUCGAGGCACCUGGUAUACGGGCGCGGCGUUCCAUACGCAGGAUUCUUCGUUACUGUGGAAUUUCACGGAGUCUCACGUGCUGCCUGGUUUGUUGAAAUAG